AACCUGCAGGCAGGCAUCAGGUAGUUUCGUGCGGUUGUUGAUUGAAACGUCAAACCAAAACAUAAACAAAAAGUGCACGAACGAUUGAUUACCUGUUCCAGCGCAAAGGCGCGGGUGUCUUUCGGUGAGAAUUGGAGGCAAUUGACGCCAAAAUUCGGGUAUUUCAUCAAGUGAAUGAGUAAUUUUUUUUUGUCCGUAAAAAAACACGACGUCGUAGAUCUCUCGAACGGUUCAAUUUGUCUCUGUGUUGUGGUGCAGUGUUAGAAAAGCAUGAAUGAACACAUUCACUGAUGGUUGUUGGUGCUCGUUAAUGACUGAGGACUGCACGAAAGCCACCGUCGUCUGGCUGACGGUGAUUAACAAGUAAACAUCAUUCUGUCUGCCAUAUUCAUUUCGGGCGUAGUCGGGCCAAACCCCUUUGAGUGAAACAAGUGUUUUUUAGUGAAAAAUGUUAAAUUUUUCCACUUAAUUCCUGAUCAAACAUAAACGAUUUGAUAGUUGCGGCUCGGUGCGACGUGCUUGCGGUGUUUAAUAAUGGCAAUUUUGUGGCGUUGCUGCGCACUGGUGGCAUUUCUGGUCGCGGUGGGUGUGUUAGCUCAGUACGAAUGGCAACCGAGGGAUGCCUUCGACGAGGUCAAAGUCAAAUUUGACCGUGCUACCGCUGACAAUUGUCCGAUUCUGCACGUUGCCGAUCUGUUCCUGCCGGAUGACACCGUGUCCCAUCUGCCGGACAUCAAAGAAUUCGACCAGAAUCCAAUCUUCCCGAAUCGAACGGCACUGCUGUUGCUGCACAACAUGGCGCUAACCCGUGGUUUCUUCUGGAGCUACAUUCUGCAGAGCCGAUUCAUUCGACCGGCCAUCAACGAUACGUACGAUCCGGGUAUGAUGUACUACUUUUUGUCCUCCGUAGCGGAUGUGUCCGCCAAUCCAUCGAUCAACGCUUCGGCAGUGUACUUUUCACCCAACACAUCCUUCUCGUCGUCCUACCGAGGCUUCUUCAACAAAACAUUCCCCCGAUUUGCUCCGCGAGCUCACCGGCUGGACGAUUUCAACGAUCCGAUUCAUCUGCACAAAAUUUCCACCAUGAACACGUUUGACGUGCGAGACUUGGGAGCCUUCUCGCCGGACUCCAUUUCACACGAUUACUCCACCGAUUACUACAAAAUCAACGAAUGGUACAAGGCUUGGUUGCCCGAUAUAGUACAGAAUAGGCACGACACCAAAACCACCUACCAGGUUGAGAUCCGAUACGCAAACAAUACGAACGAAACGUUUACCUUCCACGGACCACCGGGGGCCGACGAAGAUCCCGGUCCGGUUAAGUUCACUCGACCCUACUUCGACUGUGGCCGCUCGAACCGGUGGCUGGUGGCGGCAGUUGUCCCGAUUGCCGAUAUCUACCCGCGACACACCCAGUUCCGGCACAUUGAAUAUCCGAGGUACACCGGCGUGUCGGUGGUCGAGAUGGACUUCGAGCGUAUCGACAUUAACCAGUGCCCGAAAGGUGAAGGCAACAAGGGUAAGAACAAGUUUGCGGAUACGUCCCGGUGUAAGAAGGAUACGACCGAGUGUGAACCCCUGGACGGCUGGGGUUUCCGUCGGGGAGGCUACCAGUGUCGCUGCAAGCCCGGCUAUCGGCUUCCGUCGGUAGUGCGUCGACCGUACCUAGGGGAAAUCCUGGAACGAGCUUCCGACGAGCAGUACUACAACGGGUUCGAUUGUAAGAAGGUUGGCUGGAUGCAGAAGAUUCCGAUCGAAUGGUACCGGCUGCCGGAGUACACUCGUGACAAGUACCUGAGCCACUACUACGAGUACAAGAACUUCAGCAAAGGACCGACUUCUGUGCACACGGAAAAGAUGAACGUCAAUGAAGCGUUGAACUUUGUGCUGGGAGUUAACGAGCACACGUGCCAGAAUUUCCACCCGCAAGAUCUGACACUGAACGGAGAUAUGAGCUUCGGAGCGGACAAGCAGUUCGUCAACGAAGCCAAGAUGGCACUGCGUUUGGCAAACUUUAUCAGCGCUUUCCUCCAGGUUUCCGAUCCACUUGAAGUGUACUCCGGCAAAAGGGUGGCUGAUAAACCGCUGACCGAGGACCAAAUGAUGGGAGAAACGCUGGCCCUGGUGAUGGGAAAUUCAAAGAUCUGGACUGCCGCCACCUACUGGGAACGUAGCAAAUUCCCGAACCGUACGCUGUUUGCCCCGUACGCCUACAAAACUCAGAAGAAUACACGGAAAUUUAAAAUGGAAGAUGUAGCCCGUAACAACAAAACCGGCCAGGAUUACACCGAGCUGCCGUACUUCAAACUGUUGAAACAGCGGUGGGCCGCAAACUUUGACUCGCUGGAGAAGAACUACAUGAAGAUGCGUAUUCGACACAACGAAACCGGCGAACACCUGCAAAAGUACGAACGGUUCCCGAACUUCUAUCAUGCGGCCACGCUGGACCAUGGUUUCUGGACAACGCCCCAGUUCCACUGUAAGGGUUACGUCAAAAAGUGGCUCAUAACCUACGCGGCACCCUUCUUCGGCUGGGACAGCCUGAAGGUGAAACUCGAGUUCAAGGGAGUCGUUGCAGUUUCGAUGAAUAUGCUACAGCUGGAUAUCAACCAGUGUCCGGAUGACUAUUACGUACCGAAUGCAUUCAAAAAUACCCACAAAUGCCACGAGAAGAGUUCAUAUUGUGUCCCGAUUCAGGGCCGUGAGUACGAACUGGGCGGCUACAAGUGCGAGUGUCUGCAGGGCUUCGAGUAUCCGUACGAGGACCCGAUCACGUACUUCGAUGGCCAGCUGGUCGAAGCCGAGUUCAUCAACAUCGUGAACGACGACCGGAGCCGUUUCGAUACGUUCAAGUGCCGGCUGGCGGGGGCCGCCUCGCUGCGCGUGGGUUUCAUCCUGCUCGGGGUGACACUGCUACUCGGCCGGAUCCUGAUGCGACGUUGGAACCGAUAGAUCAGAGUCGUUCCUCGGAUGGAUGCCGAAUUACGAGUUCAUUCGUACUUUCUGAAUUUCUGUCAUUGGAAAUAAUGAAAAAAAAAACAUUUUUAUUGUAGGAUUAUUAACAGUUAAAUGACCGCCUUCGCCGGUAAGUGCCUCGGUUUAUGCAGUGAACCACACUCGAAUAGUUAUUAGAUUGGGAAGAUUAACAUUCCGUCCAAAAUAUAAAAUUUAAUUAGUAGGACUAGUUAUAUAAGAUGUAAGAAUAUUUUAGAGCAGAAUCUCGAUGAAAAAUAGCUGAUGAAAAAAAAGACAGAUGUUUUAAAACACAGACCACGAACCGUCCAUCUUUCAAGUGAAUCUUAGACUAUAGCACAAUAGUAUAUUGUUUUUUUCUUUUAAUAAAGUCCAGAUUCUAUGUACUGCCCAUUGCUAAAUCCAGAUGUUUUUAAAAUGAGUAUUUUUCCUUUGUUAGGGCAAUUUUUGUACAAUUGUAGAAUAAUUUUAAAAUUAUUGAUUAAAACAGAUCACGAUUAAUAAAAUGAAAUGUUUAUUUUUUAAA